AUGGGAGAAAAUUACUCCGUUUUAUCAACCGUUCUGAUCGCAGCGUUCGUCUUCAUUGUUUUACUUGCAAAAUCCCUGCAAAAUCAAAGAAAAAAGAGCUACAAGAGUGCUUCAAAAUUACCACCAGGUGGAAGAAGCUGGCCUUUGAUUGGUGAUGGCUUCAAGUGGUAUGCUGCUGUCGCGGGUUCUCAUCCUCCCAGUUUCGUUGAAGAUCAGGUUAAAAGGUUUGGGAGUAUAUUCUCAUGUAAUCUAUUUGGCAAGCGGGCCGUUGUCUCGGCCGAUCCGACCUUCAACCGGUUUAUCAUGCAGAACGAGGGGCGGUUGUUCCAGUCAUGUUAUCCAAAGGCUUUCAGAGAUUUGGUCGGGAAAGAUGGUGUGAUCAACGUCCAGGGAGACCAGCAAAGGAAGCUUCACAAGAUCGCGACAAACAUGAUGAGGCUAGAGAAGCUUAAAUUCCAUUUCUUGAAAGAUAUUCAGAUGGUUAUGUUACAGACAUUAGAUAAUUUCCAUGAGAAUGAAGUCAUUCUUCUUCAGGAUGUCUGUAGGAAGGUGGCCAUUCAUCUAAUGGUUAAUCAACUGUUGGGUGUUUCGAGCGAAUCGGAAGUUAAUGAAAUGGCGAACUUGUUUUCGGAUUUCGUUGACGGAUGCCUCUCUUUUCCCAUCAACUUGCCGGGCUUCACCUAUUUCACAGCCAUGAAGGCAAGGGAGGCUAUCAUUAGCAAGAUAAACAGGACGAUAGAGAAGAGAAGGCAACAACAAGUGCCAGAUUCCGGCAACGGAGUCCUCGGAAGGUUAUUGGAGGAAGAGAACUUACCGGAUGAUGCUAUAGCGGAUUUCAUAAUCAACCUACUCUUCGCCGGAAAUGAGACGACGGCGAAAACCAUGCUCUUCGCUGUCUAUUUCCUCACUCAUUGUCCCAUGGCACUUAAGGAGCUGAUGGAGGAACAAGAAAAUUUUAGUAACAAGAGGGCUGAUCAAAUGCUUACGUGGGAGGAUUACAAAGCCAUGCCAUUCACUCAAUGCGUCAUCGAUGAAACGCUUCGGAUAGGAGGAAUUGCAAUCUGGUUAAUGAGAGAGGCAAAAGAAGAUGUUGCAUAUGAAGAUUAUGUCAUUCCAAAAGGGUGCUUUGUAGUCCCAUUUCUCUCGGCAGUGCAUUUGGAUGAGAACUUGUACAAAGGUGCUACCGAUUUCAAUCCAUGGAGAUGGAUGGAUCCUGAGAACCAGGAAAAGAGAAACUGGAGAAGUAGCCCUGUCUUUGCUCCCUUUGGAGGAGGGGCUAGAUUUUGCCCUGGCGCUGAAUUAGCUCGACUUCAAAUUGCUAUCUUUCUACAUUACUUCGUAACCACUUACAGAUGGGAGCAAAUGAAGGAGGAUCAGAUGUCUUUCUUCCCGUCAGCUCGUCUUGUGAAUGGAUUCCAAAUCCGACCAAUCAAAAGAAAUGGAAAUAAAUUCAAAUUCGUCAAUUUCUUUUUUAAUGAAAACAAGCAACUGAAAUAUCAUUUCCUUUCCACCCCAUUUCCUUACAAUAUCAUUUCUAAUUAA